AUGGGGUCCGCUGCCCCGCAGCGUCUGCCUGUGGUCUUGGAGAUUGGCGGCACCUUUGGGCCCGAGACAACAGACGCCAGCAAAAACCCGACGAAUCGAGAUUGCCAGAUUAUCCUCUUCGCCAUGGCCCCACCAGUCCUGACACAUGACCUAGCACUGGAAAUCCAGGAUAAGUUGAUCGGAGAGUUCAUGCAGCCAGCCUUCCGCUACAAGCUGCGUGAUGCCUUGGAUGGCUCUGAAGGCGAUAUCAUGAAGCAGGCUCAUGCGCGCCGAGACGUGUGCAUGGCUGUGGAGAUCCCACUUCUCGCAAAGUAUGGCUACGAUGCAUCAGAAGAGGGAAUCCAUCAGCACAGUGCAGCCAUGGCUCUACUGCUCAAAGACUGCCCCGACCUAGUAGUAAAGAACAACGAACUGGCGCGCUUGGUUAAUCCUACCAUGGACGUUGACGACGACACACACAUUACAGCUGAUUAG